GUAAGUUUCUCAUACAGCAUGUCUUCUGCUAGAAGGGGGACCUAACCUCCUACAACAUAAAAUUCAUGGGAGGUUUUGACGCUAAACAAGGAUGUCUUUCUUCAUUACAACCGUAGCGUUUCAGUUGAAAGCUAUCAGUUCAUUGACGGCAACUUGUGGAAGCUGUAUAACUCAAGUUAGAUUCGCUCAGAAGAAGUUUCCCUCCUUGUACGACCAGCUGAAGAAACCUCGACCUGUGGCAGGAACACCUGGAGUUUGUCUCAAGCGGAUAGUAUAUUAUGAAGAUGAAUACACAGUGAAACCACUCAAAGUUAAAGGUCUUGGCGGUCGAGAUCCCGUCACUGGGAGGAAAAUAAUUCAAGGAUGGGGUGGUGGAAUCAAGCACAAAUACCACUGGGUUCAGUUCAAUCGACAAGGCCCAACCGAAGAUGUUCCACCAAUUGAGGAGAAGGUGAUACAACUUCUUUUCGAUGGAAAUAGAAGUGCAAGGCUGGCGCUUGUUGCCGGAGGAGAUCAACUGAAAUAUUACCUGGCAACAGUCAACAUGAAACCUGGUGAUAUUCUUCGUACGUCAAGCUACAUCCCACCUAUUCCCGUCACUCCGAAUGAAGGGGAUGCAUAUCCACUAGGUGCACUUCCAGAAGGUACUUUGGUGCACAACCUCCAGAAAACACCCUCUAGUGAUCAAAGAUUACUCCAUGCUGCUGGUACUUGUGGAACUAUCAUUAAGAAGUCUAAGGAGCAUGUCAUUGUCAAGAUGCCCUCAAAACAUGAAUUUUUAUUGGAUCCCAAGUGCAUGGCAUGCGUAGGUAGGAUAGGCAACCUGGAGCAUGCUACAACUCCUAUUGGAAGCGCUCCGAAGUGGAGGCAACUCGGAUUCCGUCCACGUUCUGGUCUGUGGCAGCGUAAAACUGGUCGAUUUGGUCGCAAGAUUCGUGCUCCCAAGAAAAUUGUUUGCCAGAAUACAAAGGUGCCCAUUCCUCGUUUCAACAUGGAUGAGUAAUUUAGGACUGGAAAAAAUUUAUACUGCUAUGUAAUUAAUGUAAAUUGAAAAUAAAUAUUGGCAUUUUGAUAAA